UGAUUAAUGUCUUCAUAGGUUACUCUCAAAAGUAAAAUUAACUUAUUUGAUUGAAUUGUUUGAAUUUUGUAACCAAAACAAACUUACAAAAUUUAGUAAAAUUAAGAAAGAAUUUUGUAUUAUAAUAAUGAGUGUUACCAUUACUUUCGUACUGUUUGUUUAUUUCUAAAAUAAGGUUAUGUGAUACUUUAUAAACAUAAUCAUAUUCUUGUAUAAUUCGAAACAAAUGUGGAUUUUCAUUUAUAAUUAAUUUUAUUGUAUAUAGAAGGUUACAUUGUGGAUGAAAUUAAUUUUAUUGGAUCCUAUAUAUCUCCAUCCAAAGAAAAGACCACGAAAACUUAUAGAAUAACUUACAAGUCUUAUAUAGUGCCUCUAUAUAGACAAAGAGUAAUUCAAAUGCAUCAAAAUUUAAUUCCCAAUAUUUUAGAGGAAAAUCUUAAUGUUGUAAUAGUGAGAUAAAAUAAAUUCAGUCCGUUUAAAGAUUAGUAUUUUUAUUUAUAUUUAGAUGUAUUGCUUUCGUUGUCUGAAUAAUAUUUCUAUUCAUGCAACUCAAAGAUUUUAUCCAGUACCAAAUAAUAUAGUUGCAAAUAUAAAAAUACAUAAAAUGAUAGAUAAAAGAAUAUGUCAAUCGUUUUAUACGAACACUUAUCAUUGUGAUAAUAAAUAUAUUCCAAAUGCUAUACGUACUAAAAAACCCAAAACAUCAGGCAAUACAUCACAAUAUUUUGUGGAUAUAAAACAGGUAAGAGUCAUUGGUGGAAAAGGUGGUGAUGGAAAUAUAUCGUUUCUGCAAUUAUGGAAAAAUGAUCGUGCAGGACCUGAUGGAGGAGAUGGUGGACAUGGUGGGCAUGUGAUUUUCCAGGUUUCAAAUAAUGUUAAAGAUUUUAAACAUAUUAAAAGUGUCUUAAAAGCAGAACAUGGAGAAAACGGUUCUUGUAAAAAUUGUUAUGGUAAAAAUGCUAGUCAUAAUAUUGUACCCGUUCCUUCUGGAACUAUAAUACGUAACAUUAAAGGAACAAUAUUAGCUGAUUUGGAUCAAGAUAAUUCGAUGUUUAUUGCUGCACGAGGUGGUGCAGGUGGUCAUGGAAAUACUUUUUUUACGUCUGACAUUCAACAAUCUCCAAAAAUUUGUGAAUAUGGAGCAGUUGGUGAAGAUUUGCAAUAUAUACUGGAAGUAAGAAGUAUGGCUCAUAUUGGACUUAUUGGUCUUCCAAAUGCUGGUAAAAGUACACUUUUAAGAGCUAUAUCUAGAGCUAGACCAAAAGUAGCAUCUUAUCCAUUUACAACUUUGAAACCUCAUGUGGGUACAAUAUCAUAUGAUGAUUAUGAACAAAUUAGAGUGGCAGAUUUACCUGGACUCAUAGCUGACUCUCAUAAGAAUAAAGGUCUUGGUAUAACAUUUCUUAAACAUGCAGAACGUUGUGCUAUUCUAUUAUUUGUUAUAGAUCUUUCUCUUGAUGAACCUUGGCAAGCAUUAGAAAUAUUAAGUUAUGAAAUCAAUCAAUUCAAUAAAAAUUUAAACAAUAGAUCUUUUAUUGUUGUCGCUAAUAAGAUGGAUUUACCUAAAGCUAAGGAAAAUUUACAAUUGUUAAAGGAGAAAAUCGAUAUGCCUAUUAUACCUAUAUCUGCAAAAGUAGGUAUUAAUAUAUCUACUUUAUUGAAACAAAUUAGGAUAUUAUAUGAUGAAUUAAAAAAAGAAAACGACAAAUCAAUGAAUAAAAAUGAAAUCUUUAUAUAAUUUAAACAUAUGUUUAGAAAUACAUAAUUGUAAAAAUAUUCAUAAAAA